GAACGAUUGGAUCUUUUGACCAAGAUGGGAACAGUGGUGCAGUACGUCGUGUUAAGGUCGGAUCUAAUAACACGAUUGAAGUGGCCGCUGGGAGCGGUGAUCGCUCAAGCAUGUCACGCCUGUACGGCCUGCCUACAUGCCUUCAGAGAUGACCCCUACACCCAGGAAUACCUCACCGCAAUCGACACCAUGCACAAGAUCGUGCUUGAGAUUGGGGAUGAAGCAAGCAUAGAGGCUCUGUCUAAGACCCUAACUGAGAACAAUGUGGAUCACAAGCUAUGGAUGGAACAACCAGAGGAAAUCCCAACCUGCAUCGCCACCAAACCCUGCCCCAAGGAUACCAUCCAAAAAUACUUUAAGAAACUCAAACUCUUUAAAGGAAUGUGAAUGAAAGUGAUGAUAUGGGAGAAAAACAUGACACUGCUGUACAAGACUCUUUUAUUCUUGGCAAUAAUCUGUUUCAGGAACAAAAGUUUGCUACAGGGUGGAAGUGUCUCAAAAUCAAAACCAAGUGAACAGAAAUUUGCAGAGGCAUAGGGUGUGAGUUCAGAGAGGGGGUGAAAAACAAAAAUAAAACCAGAUAGACAUUAUGGCAUGUGUUGUACACAACAGUGACAGGAAUGUUCAUCCAACAAUUUCAUAGCAAGGGGGUAUAAAGCAUAGGAAAGCAAACAUGAUGUUCUUAUCAUUUCUUUCCAUAAACUAGAUAACUUUUCCAAUAAAAGCUUUUCCUUUUUAAACUUCAGGAGAGUCUAGCUAAAACAACCACUUUCUCUAUGUACAGUGGAAUAUCUUACUUAUUUUUAUAUCUUGUUCUCACCUAUACAUUAUCACUGAUCUUACCAAUUCUUUCUAUCAUGUAUCACAGCAGCUUCCAAGAGGAUCCAAAUGAGUUUCUUUUCUUACUCUCUCUAUGAUUGAGUGGUCUUGCUUACAUCAUAUUCUUCCUUCAACUAAGGAAGAGUGGUAAAGUUUAUCCCCUGCAGAAAGGGGAAGCAAAACAUAGGAAUGUCAUCUCUUGCCAGCACUUGCAUGAAAUUUGGAUGACCUGUCACCAACUUCAUAUUGACUAGCUUUCAUGAUUUGGUCCCAUGGAAUGACAGAGCCAACUCAAGAACAAACUAGAGACUAGACACACUGCAAGAGUCUUGUAGAAUUUUUCAUGCUGGAGAAUACAAAUCUUGGGCCUUUUUUCCCUUUUGGGGAAAGGAAGUGGGGUAACUGGGAAUCAGGUAUUGGGAGCUCUUGCAUAUCAUCACAACCCAGCGGGAGAAGGAAAUAGGCGAAGAAGCAGCUGAUGGCAGCAUAAUCAGAGCUGAUACCAUUUUUUGUCCUUGCUUUUCAGCAUAAGGUCAUGAGCAGUCUUGGAGAAGACCUCAGCAUCCAUGGCCAUCUUGGCUGUCCGAUCUUCCAGCUGGCUCAGGCGCUCCCCACGCUCCAAGGCCAGUUGCUUUGCUCGACCAAUCUAAGGAGAUUGUGACAAAAAAAAAGGAUCGCCAUUUGCAUCAUAUUAAAAUGGACAUGUGGCAGACACAAACAAUGGACAUAUAAUGGAACACAGAGAGGGAGGAGGUGCCCACUUGCCACACAGGCACCACAUCUGAAUGACAGUCCUUCAGGCAGGGACACCCCUCCAUGGUCCUAAGGGGCAGCUCACAGGUUGCCUAAGCCCAUGAUUGGCACAGGUGGUUUUUAAGGUGUACUACACCUGUAUCUCCUAAACAUGGCACACAGAGUGAUGUGUGUGUGUUAUCUCACACAAAGCAGACCCUACCCAAGAAAGCAGGUGGGUUGCCUGUCAGCGGAGGAAGAGCCCACCACUACUUGGACUUGAUCCCUUGCCUCCCAGGUUUCACUUGGAAGCCAGAGCCACUUGGCCACCAAUCCCUAGUCUUGCAAUGUAAUUCGAUUAUGUUGUGCUCAGUAAUUUGCCCAUACCCUGAGAAUGUGACCCUGCCCUGGAUAAAAUUUGCCAAGAGAUAUGUCACUCUAUUCAAGAACCCACCAAAGCAAUGAUUAUUAGCAAUGCUCCUAAACCUUCCACCAAAGAUCAAAGCAAUCUCAGAUGGAUUACAAUAUUCCAUUUAAGAACUAGUACUCCCUUGCAGAGUUGCAUGACUCCAUCUACUCUUAAACAAGGUGAACCCUUGAAAAUACCAUAUAUAGAAAAGGAAGAAACAGUUCUGACCUCAGAUCCAGUUCCACUUGCCCCCUUACUGAGAUUCUCCAGGUUUCCUCCUGUCCCAGGAAUGUGUUUAGCUACAGUUCGGUUUGGCUUCCCACUUGACUCCCCAACUGAAAGUAAACAAAAAUGGAGAAGUACUAGACUAGAUAGUCAGUACUAGACUACAUUUCUUUCAUGCACUUAUUUUUUACAGCUUGUUUAAUAAGGUUCAUAGAGAUAUAAAACUUCUCACAUUUGAUGUCAACUCAAGAUGACCAUUGGGCCUUUGGGGGAAUUCAUGAUAGGCUACAAUUUUUGUCUAGUUGAUGCAUGUACUGCAACUUACUGGAAGACAAGAGCUAAUCACAGAAGGCUUCAAUAAGGCCAUUAUUGCGACAGCUUUGAUUGUGUAUCAGAGUGAUCUGUGAUACACAAUCAAAAUGUUGGGUUGGCAAGAACAAUUGGAAAAGGAUUUACGUGGC